AUGGAUGCUACUAAAUACAGUAAUCCUGUGGAACAGUAUAAUGUCGAGGAAAUGCUAAGAGAAUUAAAUAAGGCAUAUUGUGGGUUUACCGACGAGUUAUUUCCUGAAAGAAAACUACCUCCAGUUGUAGCUACUGGGAAUUGGGGAUGUGGUGCUUUUAGAGGUGAUGUAGAACUGAAAUGUAUACUUCAAAUGAUGGCAUGCCUUCAAGCUAAAAAGUCACUGGCAUAUUUUACUUUUGGUGAUAAAGGGUUUUGUGACAGAAUCUAUGCAAUGUAUACGUUGCUUUCUUCUGAAAAAGUAACUGUAGGACGAUUAUGGCAAAUACUAAUUGAGCAUGCUGGACAUGACUUGAUGAAAAACCAAUCUGUAUUUGAUCUUAUUUCUCAAACAUUGAAGUAA